AUGGAGAAAUACGUUGCUCUCUCAGUCAAGCCGCUGUGGGAUAAAUACCAAUUUGAAGCAAAUAUCGAUUCUGGGGCAUUCGGUUCAGUAUAAAAAGUAAAGAAUACAGUGGAUAACAAAUUUUACGCAAUGAAAGUCUAAAAUUUGAAGAAUUUAAUGACUAGAAUACCUAAUAACUACAGUAACGAGAUGGUCCGCAUCAUCCGAGAGAUCAACACAUUCAAACUAAGUCAUCCAAACAUUACCAAAUUCUAUGAAUCUUACUUCACCUUUGAAGAUCAAUUCGUGAUAAUUACAGAACUCGCGGAGUCAAACCUUUGCACCUACAGUGAAAACACUGCACUGACUAAUGCAUAGAUUGCUAAUAUAAUGAUCCAGAUAGUAAAAGGAACAUUACACCUUCAUAACCAAAAUCUUAUGCACAGAGAUCUCAGUCCAGAUAACAUCUUAGUUUUUGAAAAUGGCGAAUAGUUUAAAAUAUGCGACUAUGGAUUGUCACAUAUGUUGUCGAAUUCUAACAUUUUUGUUGGAAAACCAUAUUUUAAAGCUCCAGAAAUAGAACUAAGCGAAGAUUUCAGUUACAGCAGCUAAGUUGACAUAUGGUCCCUCGGAAUGAUUCUCUACUACUUAUGUACUAAGAAAUAUCAAUAUUAAGGCAAGAUAAUAUCAGAGUUAAAGCAACAAGAUUAAGCAGUGCUUAUCAAUCUUGAUGGUCAAUAGAAGAUAUUCGAACAGCUUCUUAACAAAAUGCUUUAAUUCAAUCCUGCCUAGAGAUUAGAUUCCCUAUAAGUGCUCUGUGAACUUUGUAAACUUAGAAAUGAGCCUUUAAUCAAGCAUUUAGAAAGAGAAGAAGAAAAGCAUAUUCAGCAAAGUUCUACUAAUGAUGAUUGCAAAAAUGCAUUUGCUUUGACAAUUAAAUCACAUAUUACUGCUGUUAAUGAAAUUAUCGCAAAACUAGGAGAGUUCAACUAUGGAGCAAUUGAAAAGAUUCACCCCAAUCCAAACAGAAUCUUCAUGCCACUUGUUGAAUUAACAAAUGGUAUGUAUCAAGGUGAAUAUGAUAAUAUAACUAAAUAAAGAGAUGGAAUAGGUAGAUUUAUUAGGAGUGAUGGAGCAGUAUAUGAUGGAUUGUGA